ACUUCCGGGAUAAAAAAAAUGGGCUUCUUAUUAUUUAUUUCUUGCGGUGACUUACAGAUAACUUCCAAACAAUAAAAACAACAUCAAGAACCGCAUCCUGAACGAGCAUUACCGUCACUAAAGUAGAUGGCGGGAUGGAGAUGUCGGUUGCUAUGGUGUCUACAAGAGGCUCCGCCCCUUGUUCGCUUUUUGACGUCCUGAUUAGCCGGGGGAUUUGUCAGUCAUUCAAGUUAGUGACAAAAAAUGGCGGCUGGUACAAUGCAGACCAGGAUGCCGCAGAGUCCGUCAUCUGGGACAUGGAAAGGACUCGGUGGGAAUGAUGCACAGUCCUCUACGUCUUACACCCCGUACCCUGGAGCGGAUCUGUCUGUGACCUCUGACCUGCGGUAUUCUCCCAGCAGACCACCGAUUGCCUAUCCAGAGAGCAACAGCAGAGCCAUAAUUUCAGCUUUAAGAAACCUCCAGGAGAAGAUCCGACUGCUUGAACUAGAGAGGAUAAAGGCUCAGGAUAACAUCAGGCUCCUGUCCAUGGAAUCCAGGGAUUACAAACAUCAGCUGGAAGAACGGAGCCAGGCCACGGAUCAUAUCAGGGAUGACGUCUCCAGGCAGAACAGAGAUCUCUCCAAACAGUUGUCGGCUGCAGAAUCUCGAUGCAAACUCCUGGAAAAGCAGCUGGAAUACAUGAAGAAAAUGGUCAGAAAUGCAGAAACCGAGAGGAAUUCCGUGCUGGCAAAACAGGUAUCGCUUGAAGGAGAUAAAGCACUUGAAAAAUCAAAUUUACAAGCCAAGCUGGAGAAGUUGGAUAAGCUAGAACAAGAAUACCUAAAGCUGACCACAAUGCAAGUGCUGGCGGAGAACAAAAUUCAUGAUAUAGAGGAAAAGCUGCGAGAAGAGGAACAUCAGCGGAAACUGGUCCAGGAGAAAGCAGCUCAACUACAGACGGGUCUAGAGACAAAUCGAAUUUUGCUAAAGUCUUUGACCCCUCCUACAAAACAGGCGAAGACGAGGAGGCGAUCGUCACAUGGAGACAAGCUGCUCCAGAAAGCUGACCAUCAGAGCUGCAGCCAUACACAGCCGCACUACCGCUUAUGCCUAGGAGAUGUGCCUUUUGUCGCCGGGAAGUCCACCGCCCCCAGUCACUCUGUUCGAGCCAACGUCCAGCAUGUCCUUCAUAUGAUGAAGCAACACCAUAAAGUCUUCUGCAACGACCGGGUAGUGAGCGAUCAGCCUUUAGAACAGAAAGAAACCGGCGUCAGGUGGGCCGAUCCUUCUGCGCUGUCCUCUUCAUCUUAUCGGGACCUUUCUGAGGUUCUGCGCACGCUGGAAGAUGAAUUUGGGCAAAUGAGUUUUGAUCACCAGGAAUUGGUGAAACAGAUCGAUGAAGCACAUUCCGACCGUCUUAAGGAAGAUCUAGAAGAAGAACUGGAGGCAUUGGUGAGGAGAAUGGAGGCAAAAGCUGACCAGAUCACUAAAGUGCGCAAGCACCAAGCUAUGCUUGGAACAUUGUUAAAGGAAUCAAGACAGAAAAAGAAAGCGUCUUGUGAAUCUUCCAAAAACCUUCAUAGUGGGAAAGACCAACACACGAGUAAGCGUGACCCAAACAGAGCGAGUCCCGGAGAGAAGAGCCGGAAGAGUCUUCAGCUGCUGCGGGAGAUGCAGACCCUGCAGGGCUCCCUACAGCGGGACGAUAUACACUGGGAAUAACGUGUGGCCCCCUAGUGGGGACCUCAGGGAUAGAUACUGUCUGCAGCCGCUCCACAGCCGCACUGGAUAUCCUACUGUCAUUACCGCUGGAGCUUUUACCUGUCCGGGGCGCGGUGAUGUAUUUUAUAGGAAAAGAGGCGGCAGAAUAAAACGAUCAUCCUCAGAUUGCCUGUGGGUGGCGCUCAUGAAUGUAUUUUUAUUUAUCAUCAUUAUUAUUAUUAUUAUUGUGAAUGAUGCACCUUGGUUAAGAUUAUAAGC